AGCAGUCGCCAGCCCAACUUGGCACAGAACAUUUCCCACUGCGUUUUUUACUCCCUCUUCCUUCCUGUGGCCUUGUCUUUCACCCCACUUCUUUUCCUGGGUACUCGCACAGCCUAGUGCGUUUGUAUCUUCGGUUUCGCAUUCACCUGUGCUUGACAGUUAUUCGAGCUCGCUCUAGUUACCGAUCAGCCUUUCAAUAACAGCGACUCCUUCUCAGCUUUUUCUUAUCAUCUCCUUGUUCUUUCACAUUUCUUUGUGGAAAACUUUGAGUUAUUUGAAAACCUUUACUCUCCCUUGAUUAUACUUUUUCCUAUUCCAAGGAUAACUUCAGCCUCUUCACCAUAUUCGCCCCAACGUACAGCCAAAUCCUCUCGUCAUCGAUCGGUGCGUCAACCGACGGUACAGACCCGGAGAUUAUGAAACGACCUUUGGACUCCACAUUACCCAUUUCCCCCAUGAACGGUAUGCAACCCCACCUCGAAAACGCUCCCUCUUUUAUCGAUCCUCUUGUCCCUAAAAAGGCUCGAUACGACGGCUUGGACCCAUCAGUUGUUGGACCUGGCCACGGUCCUAUUGGUGUUCCCCCAUUAUCCGCUCAGAGACCUUUCGGCGCUCCCGGUGCUGCACAUGCAGCUUCUUCAUUCGGCGGCCUAGCGUCUGGUUCUGUCAACAUGAGUGGAGUGAAUCAGCAACAAGAGCAUGGCAGUAUGAACCAAGCGCAGCAAGGAGCAAAUAUCCCAGGGAUGCAACAAGGAGCGUCUUUUGGUAUGAUGGGUAUGGGCGGAUUCGGCAUGGGUUUUCCUUUCAACAUGGGGAUGCAACAAAGUUUCCCGGGUGCGCCUAUCGUGUCACCGUCCAUGAAUCCCAAUACUAUGACUGGUAACUACGGACCUGCUGCUGCAGCUGCCGCGGCCGCCGCUGCUGGAAACACGACAGGAAGAACAGUGUACGUCGGUAACCUUCCUGCCGAGGCCUCCGUCGAUGAACUUCUCAACCUUGUUCGAUUCGGCCCCAUUGAGGCUGUUCGUCUCCUUCCUGAAAAGUCCUGUGUCUUCAUCUCCUUCCUCGACGGGUCUACCGCAGCCGCCUUCCACGCUGACGCUUGCGUCAAGAAGCUUGCUCUCCACGGACAAGAACUGAAAAUCGGAUGGGGUAAGCCCUCCAUGGUACAUCCUACCGUUGCAACGGCUGUUGCAAGCAGUCAGGCGACCAGAAAUGUGUUUGUUGGUAACCUGGACCCGGAGACAAAUGAGCAGGAUUUGAGGAAUCAGUUGAGCAGGUUUGGACCUAUCGACCAAGUCAAGAUUGUGCGAGAUAAGAACAUUGGUUUCAUCCACUUCUUGAGUAUCUCUACGGCUAUGAAAGUUGUCGGAUCUUUGCCAACUGAGCAAGGAUGGGAAGGCAAGAGGGUCAACUACGGUAAGGAUCGAUGUGCCUAUGUUCCUAAAGCCCAACAAGAUGCCGUUCGACAAGCCCAAACCCAGGCGAUGAAUGCUAUCGCCGCUCAGCAUCAACAGGCCACUGGCUCACCCUUCCCUGCAUUCUCCCCUAUGUCUGCUGGAUUCAGCAAUUUCCCUACUCCUGGGCCUAACACUGGAUUUGCGUCGCCUGCUUUCGCUGGCAACAACUUUUCCCCUGUGGCUUCCGGGUUUACUGAAAACGGAGGGAUGAACCAGGCUGGAAACAGAACUAUCUACUUGGGUAACAUCCACCAAGACGUCACUAUUGAGGAACUGUGUAACCACAUCCGAGGAGGCAUAUUGCACCAAGUCCGAUACUUUCCCGACAAGCACAUCGCUUUCAUCACAUUUGUUGACCCCGUCGCCGCUAUGCAAUUCCACCAAAACGCUCACGCGACUGGUCUUUCAAUUAUGCAGCGUCGUCUAAAGGUUGGAUGGGGCAAGCACUCUGGUCCUGUCCCUCCUGCGUUGUUGCAGGCUAUUCAGGCCGGAGCUAGCAGGAAUGUGUAUAUUGGACAGAUUGCAGACUUUUCGUUGUUCACUGAGGAGAAAUUGAGGCAGGACUUUGGAGAGUUUGGUGAGAUUGAUAUGAUCAACUUCUUGAAUGAGAAGGGUGUCGCAUUCGUCAACUUUACCUCUAUCCAAUCCGCUCAGAAGGCCAUUGAGGGCAUCAAACUCAAGCCUGAAUACUCUACUCUUCGAAUUUCCUAUGGCAAGGACAGGUGUGCCAACCCUCCUAGGACCACUGCCGGACGACCACCAAUGCCCCCCCCCUUGGGCCAUGAGUCUGACCCCGCUAUCCAGAUUGACAACUCUGCCGUUGAACCAGGCCUUUAUGACGAAAAUGACGCUAUGCUCAGCUACGAAUAGAUAAUCGUCGUCUCAUUAACAUGCGAGCCGAGGCUGUGUGCAAAAAGAGUAAAAGUAAUAAGGUGCAGAAGAAACUCAGGAGGAUAAGUUCCAAGUCACUACGUAUAUAGAGUUGGGGAUCAUUUGGUCAUUUUUGGCAUAAAAAUCAUGGCGUAUCUACGUAUAACCAUAGUAGAUAAUAUGCGGUGAUGCGUCAUGUAA